AUGUCAUCGCCGAUCUCCGUAAGCCCAUCCUACGUCGUCGACUCUUUAGUCGUUGACUCCUUAGCCAUCGAUCCCUUCAUCAGUGAUUCCUUAGGGUGCAAUCCCUUUCUCAUCUCACUCAAGUCAGGCAUUUUGCCAGGAAGUUGGUGGGCUCAUCAUGAAUUAGGUCGGGGUGGCUGGUGGUUUCGGGAUCCCGAGGAAAAUGCUUCUUUUAUGCCUCGGGUAUUAGAUACAGCUCGUAUUCAUUCAUUAAUUUUACCUCUUAUUCAUUAUUGGACCUCGUUUCUGAAUAUUGUGGCUCUUCCAUGCUCUGUCUCAAGAACCUCUUCAGUACGGUCCGGAUUGCUAGCUCCCGUUCAUAAUUUUGCUUCAGAUGAUACACGAGGAAUCUUUUUAUGGUGGUUCUUCCUUCUAAAGACCGACAUAUCUAUGAUUAUUUUCUCCCAGAUGAAGCAGCGGGAUUCGGUCCGUAGAACCUAUAAAAAAGAGAUGGUUGUGGCACGAAGUACUCUUGUGCACCUACGUCACUCGGCUCACGCGCAACCCAGCCCCGUUAUGUUAUAG